AUGGCGACGUUGGACGAGACAUUCAACCCAGCAGCACUCACGAGAUCGGAUACUGCGACUUCGAUACCCAGCGCUGCCAAAGUCCCUCCUGGAUCCUCUUCGAAGACGACCAAGGCCACGCAGAAUUACCCCCGAAUCGACCUGGAACCGCUCUACACCGAACUCAAGUCAUUGAUCGGACACAACUGGGAAGUCUAUUACGAUGCAAUAACGAGAUUCAUUCGAGGCGAACUCAAUGCAAGAGAGUUCGGCGACCUCUGCGAUGCCUUCAUCUACACGUCCCCACAGACCGAACAUGCCCACAACACUUUGGUCCUUGCAAUCCUGUGCAAUACCGGCCGAGACCCUCCUGAACCGGGCCUGGCAGCAUGGGUCAGUUCGACAACCGACAAGGCUGCCAUGGCCGCGUCCUCGAAACCGGCUAUCACGAGCGAUGCGGCAGAACAGCGUCUCAAGGUAGAGGUGAUGGCACUGCCACCACGGGACAGGAGACGGUUGAAAGCAAUUGCAAAUGAUAAGCUGGAAGAAGAGGCGGCAGCUCGGAAAAAUCCGUACGAGGAAUACUAUAAUGCUCUCCGGAUCAAAGCCCCCGAGCCUGUCAGUGGGAGCGCAGCAGGACUGACGAAGACGAACUGGGACCUGGAGAUCAGGAAGAGAUAUCUACAGCCAUUGUUCAGCGAAACUCUGGAGUUUCCAGAUACGCCGACCAUUCAUGCCCGGAUUGUCCCUAUUUGCUACGAAGAAUCCGUUUCCUCGGGUUGCUCGAUCCAGUGCGCCGAACUUGUGGCCAUCGCAGCGGAAACCUACCUGAAAGGCCUCCUCGGAGAGGUCAUCAGUCGCACUCGAUCGAACGGGCCGGAAUAUGAAAAUAAUCCUUGGGGUGGCAUCUUAACGAGCUCCUACAAGAAGAAGGUCGCUCGGGAGGAGGCCGAUGUGAAGAGGGGGAGACUUCGGAGGAUCCGUGACGAUGAUCUCCUACCCACGGAAGCCGAAUCGGCAUAUUCCAUGAGACCGAUAGGCAUGCCAGACCUCCAACUCACAUCUCAAGUUGGACCUUCGCCCUGGAACGCAAUGCCCUUGCUCGGAGCGACUGUGGCCAAUGCGUCAGCAGGUUAUGAUUAUGAGGAUUGGCGGGCAAGUCAAGAACAUGCCACCAGCAAUGGAGUCGCCGAUACGGCCAGCGGGAAUCUGGACAUGGAAAACAACGACAAUUUUGGCUGGGAAGGCGCGGGCGCACAAGAUCGGUCAGGCCUGGAGUCUGUUCUGGCAGAUUGUCUGGCCAUCCGUGUGUAG